AUGGUGGUGACUGAAUAUGAGCAUUAUGUCCGCUUUGAGGAUGGACUCAGGGGCAAUUUGAGAGUUCUAAUAGCUCCGCAGAGGGAGAUUGACUUUUCAACAAUAGUAGAAAAGGCGAAGAUCACUGAGGAGGUGAAACCCGCUGAGCGCCAAAAUCAGGAUAAAGAGAGAGGCAAGAAUAAGAGGGAUUCGGAGCCCUUGAGUUCUGCGAUGAGGCCUAAGAAAAAGGUCAGAUAUAGUGGGCCAAUUAGAGUUGGGGCCCCUGUUGCACCUACUGGGAUCACACUUUGUGGGCAUUAUGGAAGACGCCAUCCGAGCGAAUGUUGGAGGACGACUAGGGCUUGUUUAAGAUGUGGGUCUACUGUGCUCCACGUUCGAGAGUGUUCACUAAGGGCUGAUCAGGUGCAAGCUACGGGUUCUGGUACUGAACAGCCACCGAGGGUAGUUCAACAGCCGUCUAGGGGCCGUGGUCAGGCUAAGGGUGGUAAUGGUAUGGGUCAUGGGCAAAAAACACUGGGCAGAGGUGCUGGACAGGCUGAGGCGAGACAGCCGGCCCUAGUUUAUGCUGCUCGUCACCGAAAGGAUAGAGAUGCUCCGGACGUCAUCACGGGGAUUCCGGUUGAAAGUACUUCUAGUGAGGUGACUAUGCUGAGCCCGCUGGGGCAAUCUGUUAGAGUUAGCAAACUAUACAGGGAUGUUCCUUUAGAGGUUCAAGGGAUGGUAUUUUUGGGUGAUUUGAUGGAGCUUCCAUUUGGGGAAUUGGGGAUGGACAGUUUGGUCAAGCAUCGUGUUAGUUUGAACUGUGCGACUAAGAGCGUAUUGGGAACUGAAUGGGGUAAUGAAGUAAUUGUGAUUGGGGAAUGUCGGAAUUACUUGGCUAACGUGAUCUCUGCACUGGUAGCUAAGAAACUGGUUCGUAAAGGAUGUGAGGCGUAUUUGGCCUACGUAAGUGUUUUCACUUCUGGGGACUCUACUGUUAAGGACAUCAGAACUAUGAGGGAUUUUCCAGACGUCUUUCUUGAGGAGCUACUAGGAUUACCUCUGAAUUGGGAAGUGGAGUUUGGGAUUGAGCUUCUCCCUAGUACAGCUCUGGUGCCUAUCGCUCCCUAUCGAAUGGCACGGAAAGAGCUUACGAACCUCAAGGCUCAAAUUCAAGAGUUAUUGGAUCGUCAGUUCAUCCGCCCUAGUGUGUCCCCGUGGUGA